UCCGGAAGAAGGACUGUCAGCAUGGCGGAUAUAUUUUUCACUUCAUGCUUUGCUUUUCAGCGAGGGCGUUUUGUGUGAACAUCGCAGCGGCAGUAUUUAGUGACGGACCAGCGGGCUGCCGGCUGAAGCUGUCCGCGGCUCGGAGCUGCAGCUGCUGGUUCUCCGCUCGGUGCCUCCGCAUGUCGUGACUUGUGACCCAGUUUGGUUUGUUCUCCUGCCUGGACCUGGGUGGCAUGACUCAUCGGCAGCCUGAAAACAGAGCAAAGAGGGCAACUUCUUAAUUCAGUGACUCUUACUUGACUUAAAGAAGAAAUAAAACCCGCCUCCGUGAUCACAACACACACUAUUGAACUAACAAUGGGCGAAGUGACGGUAGAGCUAGAGGAGGAGGUGACGAAACAGGAGACCUCGUUGGACCCAUUCCCAGAACCUCUGCUCAUAAUCAUGUCCCCACCUCCAGCUUUCUUGCCUGUCCCCGGUGAGCCGACCAUGCUUUGGCCCAAAUGGCUUAAAGCUUUUGAGCACUACUUGGAGGCGCUCGGUGAAAAGGAGCUGGUCGACUCCAGUAAGUGCAUGCUCUUACAGAACUGCCUUGGCCCAGAGGGGCAGCGUAUUUUCACGAUACUGAUCCCGAAUGAAACCACGUACGCAGCAGCCGUCUCAGCGCUGACGGUGUACUUCGGCUCUGAUCAUGCCACUCAGAUGCACCGCCUUAAAUUCCACCAAAGGGUUCAGAUGCCUGGAGAGACUGUGGAUCAGUUUGUCUCAGCAUUAGAAGAACUGCUGAGGCCUUGCAACUACGGGAAGUUGCAGGGCGAACUUAUCCUGGAUCAUCUCAUCGCGGAAACAAAUUACCCGCAACUCAGGGAAAGGCUGCUGAUGGGGAGGGAGACUUUGACCUUGGCCACAGCUUUGGUUAUCGGUAAAGAGGUGGAAUCCACUUUAAACGAUUCUCAGUUGUUUGAUAUUCACGAGGUCAGUGUUGACAUUGGAGAUGAUUUAGAUCCCCCUGUUCAAAGAAAGGCCAAAAGAGGAAGACCUCGGCGCGGGGAGAAAAGGACGAAAACAAACCAGCGUUUGACUAAAACUCCAAUGAAGUUGCCUCGACACAAAGAUAACUACUGCUACAGAACUGAUAAGCUAUAUUAUAGUGACAGUGAUGAAGAGAAAUCGAAGAGUACUGGUGGGACUAAAGUGGCCGUUGAUAAAGAGGAUGAUGGUGAUAAUGCAGCCUCAUCAUCACCACUGAGGAUAAAAGAGGAAAGCUGCGACAAAGCUAAAGAUCUUGCAGAUGAUGAUGAUGACGACGACGAUGAGGAUGAUGGAGAAGUUGUUUCUUCAGCUCAACAUAAAGGCCCCUACUGUUCCAUCUGUACGGACAGACGCUUCAGAGACGCACACAAGCUGGCCAGGCACAUGAGGACGCACACAAAGGAGAAACCGUUCACCUGCCCGAUCUGUGGCACGACCUUCAGCCAGUCGUACCACAUGACCCGACACCUGAGGAACCAGCACGGCGCCGGCCAACACGUCUGCAGCACCUGUGGGAAAAGUUUAGGGAGCAAUGCAGAGUUGCAAAGUCACAAGAGGACGCACAAGUCGCAAGUUUUGUCAUGUCCGGAUUGUAACGAGAAAUUCACGAACAGUGAUGUGUUUUCUUCUCAUGUCAUGUCGCACAGCAAAAACCAGCCCGGCCAAACGGAGACACAAAGUUCUGAGCAAACCGAUGGAAAUGACGUGAAAAGUGAAGACGUAGCCGAGGACGACGCAGCUGCUGGUGACGGUGAUUCUCAGGAAAAAGAAUUUGAAGUCAGUGUUGUGACGGAAGGCAAGAGCCCUGAUGAAGCUAAAUCUCAAGAAGGAGGGAGACAGAAAGAAAAAGUCGCCUCUAAGGCUAAAGCAAAAGGCCAUUUUUGUCCUAUCUGUGUUGGCAAGCGCUUCAGGGGACCAAACAAACUCGCCAGACACAUGAGGACGCACACAAAAGAGAAACCCUUCAGCUGCCCAGUUUGCGCGAUGACCUUCAGCCAGUCCUACCACAUGACCCGACAUGUGAGGAACCAGCACGGCUUUGGCCAGUAUAUCUGCUCUAAAUGUGGGAAAAGUUUUGGCAGCUGGCUGGAACUGAAAGCGCACAAGAAGACACAUGCAAUCGAAGGCCUGACGUGUCUUGCAUGCGAUAAACAGUUUAAAGAGAAGGCUGCACUCGCGAGCCAUCUUAAGUUACAUAAGAAGGUCCAGUCCAGCCCUCGUAACCUCAUCUGCGGCGACUGCGGCAAAGUAUUUGGCCGACUGUAUCAUUUGAAAAGGCACAUAGUCACCCAUCGAAAAGCAACAAAUGGUGAGUGUUACACGUGCCCCGACUGUCAGAAGACAUUUGCCUUUCCGGAGGACCUCAACAAACAUCUGGAGAUUCAUGUCAAAGAAAACAAUGGGACUUGUCCAAAAUGUAAUGAAACUUUCAGUAGUCCCGAAGAGCUGGAGGCACACAUGGGGGUUCAUCAGAAGUCUUAUGCCUGCAGCACCUGUGGGAAGAAGUUUAAGGUUGAGUAUGCACUGAAGAAGCAUGAGCAAGGUCACCAAAAUGAACAAUAUUACUGCUCGUUGUGCCAAAAACGCUUUCUCAAACUCUCACACUAUAAGAGGCACAUAAUGGUCCACGACAGACGGGAAUCCAGAUGUCCACACUGCGACAGCGUCUUUCUACAGUUAACAGCUUUGAAGUAUCACCUGCGGACGCAUACUGAAGAAAGACCCUACCAGUGCACCUGCUGUAUUGAAACCUUUGAGGAGAAGGAAGAGUUAGAGCAACAUUGCCUCAAACACAGAAAAUUCAAAAAGCAGAGGCCCUACUCGUGCACCCGCUGUGAUUAUGCGUUCUGCACGUUGGUGGAGCUGACGGAACACAUGAGCUCACACGAGGGCGAGCCGCCGCUGACCUGUCCGGUGUGCGGCAGGACUUUCCUGAACAAGAACAAGCUGGAGAAGCACCUGACCAUCCACACGGGGGAGAGGCCUCACCUCUGCUCCAUCUGCGGCAACGGCUUCCCCUCUGCCGCCAGCCUGAAACUGCACAUCCACAUCCACACCGGAGAGAAACCCUUCCAGUGUUCACAGUGCAGCAAGAGCUUCAGGUCAUCCAGCGGGCUGCGCCUGCACAGCAGACAGCACAUGGAGGUGCGGCCCAGCUACGAGUGUCCUGAGUGCGGCAGGACUUACGGCCGAAUGACGGAGCUGAAAAUGCACCAGCGUUAUCACACAGGAGAUAAACCGUACGCGUGCACGUGCUGCAACAAACGCUUCAUUAGCAAAGACAAGCUGAACGUUCACAUGAGGAUACACACAGGGGAGAGACCGUACUCCUGCCCCCACUGUGGACAGACAUUUACCCAGACCGGGGACAGAAACAGACACAUCAGUAAACACCACCAGCCAGUGUAGCGAUAGAGCUGCAGCAAAGCUUUCCUUCUGUCUUUCCAAUGAUCGCACCAGUGGUUUUGCAUGUUUGCAGGGGCAUGUAGCAUUAAGAAUCACUUCAGAUUCUGAUUUGUGUCUUAUUGUCUGAGAAAGAAUAGGAAACCAAAAUGUGUUGCAAGCAUACUGUAACUUGAGCUGCCUUAAUGCCAAAUUAUCAUAAAUGAUCAGGUUAUGUGAUGUUUUUUGUUUUGUUUUUUUUAAACAGUAACACUAAUCAAUAUACUGCAAUGUGCUAAAGAAAAUAAUGAUCACGAAAAUAAGGAUCUCAAUUUAAAAGAAAGUUUUUAAAUAGGACUUUUAAGGGUUCUAUAUUGUGCUCUUGUCAGCACAUUAAUCAAAGUGUCAUGAUAACCACAAUUUGGUUAUCAGCUCCAAAUACUGCAUAGAUGGGUCAUUUUACCAGGACUGUAUAACCCCUAGUUUUUGGGCUGUUUUGCUCUGAAAAUCAAGCUGUCAGAGCUUGAGCUGGACGACUUUUGGUUUUAGGUGUUCGAUAGCACCAAAUUCUUACUGGCUACUAAAUAUGGAAAUCAAACUAGUUGUGGUAGAAUAUCCAAACAGUUUCAUUUUAUACCUCCAGGUUUAUAACAACCUCAAACCACAAACAGAUUUUCACCAUACGAGACCUUACAGUUGAACAAACAAAGCUGUCAAUAGCGAGGCAUACAUCUCAAGCACUUGCUGGCUGUGUUUGUGUAAUUGUUCUUACUGCCAGCAGGGGGAGACAAACAUUCAGCACUGGCGGUUUUUCGGGAUGUGAGUAUGAUCAUUACAAAAGCCUUUAACUAAAGGAGCCGAUCUUCUCAAAGGUUAAAUGUCCAAAACACAAGUAGCCUUAAGAGAGUGGUGCAAGUGACGAAUAAAGUCAAAACAUAAAAAAUGAGUACAAAUCUGCACACGCCAUAUUUGAAAGUUUUCAAUACUUGGUGCUACAGACACAUUUUGGUUUUAUUUUCUUAAUGGAUUGUACAGGGAUAUGAUUUUUUUCUGGUCACUGUAAAUUAAGUCAGUGUUGCAGAAAAAAUUCAAUCUGUGUCUCAGCUAAUCAUAGUUUAGCUUUAAUGCUAAAAAAAAAAAAAAAAAAGUUACUCAUGUAAACAAACCAUCAGCAGAAUCAUGGCUUUUAAGGGCGAUCUAAUAUUAAAGAGGUUUUUAAUGCAGCAAACCAAAUUUGCAAGAUCGGGAUUGUCACGUUUUCUAGGUUUGAUUUUCUUUAUUUAAUUCAUGUGCAAAAACAUGCAAAACCACUACACUAGUGUCCAAAAGGAUUUCCCUGCACACAGUAAGCACUCACGGUUGCCGCACAGUUUUUCUCUGCUGUGCGGCUUUCUGCAGGUUUCAUACCUGGACUGAAGAAGUCACUACAUUUCUCAAAAAGUACAAACACAAUACAGAAGCUCUGCAUGACAGUCGUUGUCUUUGUAGCUCAUGUCUCUCACCCCUGUGCCUGAUGUGUCCUUGUCGUAACGCACUUUUGUCGAGCACCCUGGUCUUACAAACUUUCAUACUCGAAUGAACUGAAAUGACACUAAAAGAUUUCUGCAAUUAUGAAUCGAUAUUUUUUAUUUUUCCUUCCUAUCGUAUGUAUGUGUUGUUAUAGCAUUAUAUCUCUUACAUUUCACUUUUUGAUAUCUUUAUUGGGGCGUCUCUCAAAGCGAGCAUUUGUAACUGUGUUUAGAAAAGUGCCAUAAAAAUAAAACCGUUAUUCACUCGACUAGUA